CUACUGGAUCCCACUCGAAACACAAUCGGCUACUUGACCGUGCUCCUCGCAUACGCCCAACAGGCAGUCCUGGCGCAACAGGUGGCGCUGGUUGCCAACUUCCUCACACACUUCGAUCCCGUCCAGGCUCGCUAUGUCGGCCCCGAGAUGCAGCAACUCCUGACCUGGCUGGCGAACUACUAUGACCACUCUAAAGACGCAUCCGUCAUUCCCUACAUCGCAACCGCCAUCCUUCGCUUAGACUAUGAGUCCAGCACCCUUACAUCCAACCACCUUCUUUUCGUGCGACUAUGUCUGUCGGCCCGUCUGCCUCGUCAAGCCCUGCCCAUCCUCGACAAGGACAUCUACAACCUCCCUACUGACCCACAAAAGGGUGUCGACGAUCGCCUGCCAUGCGCCGACCACCAAAUCAGUGCCACCUUCAUCACGAAGUCAUCACAUAUCUCGGCACCUCUGACUGCCUCGGACGUUCAUGAAUACUACUUGUUGGGUGCACACGUCUACAUCGGCCUGCAUCGCUAUACCCGCGCCCGUCUCUUCCUCGAGCUUAUCCUUGGUUCACCUACCCAGAACGUUGCAACUCCUUUGAUGGUUGAGGCCUACAAAAAGUCCAUCCUCGUCAGCUUGCUGUCUACUGGCUCUCUCACAUUCACCAAAGGUCUGAUCAACACUCAGAUGAUCAAGACGUAUUCCAGUCUGUCCAAGGCAUACGAAGUCCUUGCAGAUAUCUUCAAGAAGCGUGAUGUCGUACGCCUAGAUGCUGAGAUUGCCGCUGCGACUGCUAUCUGGGACGAGGACGGCAACACAGCCAUUGUUAACCAGGUCGCCGAUUCAUUGCGCCGUUACCGUGUCAUCGACCUUCAAAAGACCUACGCUGCACUUCCCAUCGAAACAGUCGCUCUCCACCUCAAUCUUACUCCGCCAGCUACCACAACUCUUCUCAGCACCAUGAUUCGUGAUGGCCACCUGAACGCCAUGCUUCCUCCACCUAUUGCAGGCGCUGAUACCAAGCCUGUUCUUCGCUUCCUCUCAAACAACCCCAAUCAACCCGCCAUCGACCAAGACGCUCUCUUGAAGGAGAAAUCCGCUCACAUCGAGCGACUAGCCAAACACGUCCGUGAAGCUGAUCGCAGGCUUGCAGUUCAGAAGGAGUUUGUAGACUUUACCCGCAGAAGCAAGCGUGCCGAGACUGCCGGUGCUCAAGGCUACGAAGAUCCGAUGGAUGUGUGGGAUGCACCUGAGAACGGUGACCAGGACGAAGACAUGAUGGCUGACCUUUGA